CACUACUAACUCUUGAAAUAUAAUGGUUAAAUGUUACUUGAAAUUUAUAAAAAGUUCUUAAAAACUAAAGCGUUAAAUUUUUAAAUAAAUAUUUUGUAGUAAGAGGCUUUUGCAGAUUAUAGCUUGAAAUAUUACUAGUAUUGCUUAAAAAUGUUUAAUUGUAUAUUUUUGUCUCUGGUAUGUCAAAUAUAUUGUAUGAAGACCUUAAAAAUGGUUCAUGUUGUUUAUCGCCAUGGUGCACGAUCACCUCUUGUUAAUUUUCCAACAAAUUCUCAUAAAAAUGAUUGGCCUGUUGAUCCAGGGAUGUUAACAAAAGUUGGAAUGAAUAUGGAGUAUGAACUAGGAAGAUUUUUAAAGAAGCGCUACAUGAUUGACAAUCAUUUUUUGAAUGAAACUUACAUUCAAAAAGAGAUUUAUAUUCGCAGUUCAGAUACACCAAGAUGUUUGCAGAGUGCAGAAACACAAUUAGCUGGAUUAUAUCCUCCUAAAGGCUAUCAAGUUUGGCAUAAUUUAGUUAAUAAUUGGCAACCAAUUCCAGUACACACAGUCCCAAAUGAUCAAGAUUCUCUUUUGCGAUCUUUGCGUACGCCUUGUCCUCGACUUCGAGAGCUUUUAUCAGCACAGAAAAAAAAAGUAGAUUACAUGAAGAAAGAAAAAGAAAACAAAAUGUUGUUGUCAUUAUUAAGUAACUAUACUGGAAUGAUAGUGAAUUUCAGAGAACUUUGGGUUGUUUAUGAUGUUUUAAAAUGUGACAUUGCACAAGGUUUUGCUUUUGAUUCAUGGCUUACACCAAGUUUGUUUGAUCAGAUUAUCAAAUUAGGCGACUGGACAUUUUUGAACAAAUUUCAAGGAGAUGAGGAGUUCUCAAGACUUGUUGGUGGUGUCUUGUUGUAUGAGAUAAUUUCACAUAUGGAAAAAUUUGCUAUAAAUAGGCAUUAUAAAGAUUUAUAUAAAAUGAAUAUUUAUUCAGGGCAUGACACAACUAUUUUAUCUUUAAUGGCUGCUCUUAAUGUUGAUCUCAGUGUUCCACCAUUUGCAGCAUCUUUAAUGAUUGAAUUGUACCAAGAUGUUAACAAUUCUUUGUUUGUGGAGAUUGAAUAUCGAAAUAGUACAGGGAGUCCUUUUUUAUUAAAGUUACAUGAUUGCGAUAUCUCUUGUCCUUUGGAUCAUUUUUUAAGGCUAACACAAAAUCGCAGUUCUCCAGUGCAGCUUUGUUUAUUUCCUUAUACUGACCGUCAUACAACCAUUUAUUCGGAAGAAGGAAAAGAUGAAACUAAUUUAUAUUAAUGUAAACUAAGAUGAACGUUUAAAAAUUGUUCUAA